GAAACUAGGCGGCGGCUCAACCCAAUUGUCUUUUGCAUUGCGUUUCGUAACAUCAUUGUCCACACUGCUUCGAAUCGCAAUCAUGAAUGCGUAACAACUUCAACCAUGCUCUUUUGGGUCUCUGUAGAACUCAUAAGGUCCCAUCGCUCUGAAACGCAUACUUUGAACUCCAACGAAGCUCUCCUCAUACACUCUGCGGCGCGUCCCCCUCACUCCCUACGCCCCUGUUCGCUCCUAACUACAGUUUUCUGAAUUCAGUUUCAGAAUUUGGUAUUUGGGAGAAAAUGUCGGUUGCAAAGAAGUUGAUUAGAUGUGUCAUCCUUGAUUUGGACGGCACGCUGCUCAACACAGAUGGCAUCGUUGGGAACGUUUUAAAGGUUUUGUUAGGUAAGUAUGGAAAGGAAUGGGACGGAAGAGAAGCUCAGAAAAUAAUUGGCAAGACACCGUUUGAAGCUGCUGCUGCAAUCGUGCAAGAUUACCAACUUUCGUGCUCCACGGUUCAAUUUCUUUCUGAGAUUUCGCCACUAUUCUCUCACCAGUGGUGCAACAUUAAAGCACUUCCUGGUGCGAAUCGGUUGAUUAAACAUUUGAAGAGUCAUGGAGUUCCAAUGGCCUUGGCGUCGAACUCUCCAAGGGAAAGCAUUGAAGCCAAAAUAUCCUAUCAUGAUGGAUGGAAAAAUUCUUUCGCUGUUAUAGUUGGUGGAGACGAAGUAAGAACAGGGAAACCAUCCCCCGAAAUGUUUAUUGAAGCUGCUACGAGGUUAAGCAUGGCGCCUUCCAAUUGUCUUGUCAUUGAAGACUCUCUACCUGGUGUUACUGCAGGUAAGGCUGCUGAAAUGCUAGUAGUUGCUGUACCAUCUCUUCCAAAACAGUCGCAUCUCUAUACUGCAGCAGAUGAGGUGAUCAAUUCCCUACUUGAUUUGCAGCUUGAAAAGUGGGGUCUGCCUCCAUUUGAAGAUUGGGUGGAGGGAACUUUGCCCAUAGAUCCUUGGUAUAUUGGGGGUCCUGUCAUCAAGGGAUUUGGCCGUGGCUCGAAGGUACUAGGGAUCCCAACAGCUAAUUUAUCAACGAAGGGCUACUCAGAUCUCCUAUCAGAGCAUCCUGCAGGAGUUUAUUUUGGUUGGGCUGGAUUAUCAUCAAGAGGUGUUUUUAAAAUGGUGAUGAGCAUUGGUUGGAAUCCAUAUUUUGACAACAAAGAAAAGACUAUAGAACCAUGGUUACUUCAUGACUUCGAUGGGGAUUUCUAUGGGGAAGAACUGCUGCUUGUUAUAGUUGGUUACAUACGUCCUGAGGCAAAUUUUCCAUCCCUUGAAAACUUGAUAGCUAAGAUUCAUGAAGAUCGCAGGGUUGCUGAGAGAGCUCUUGAUCUUCCCUUGUAUUCAAAUUUUAAGAAUGACUCGUAUUUGACAAGUUCUUAGCACUAAUUUUAUUGAUCCCAUAGCUUCUUGGUGAAGAAACCCCUGAAUUCGGACAGGCGUUGUUUAUCGUUUAAAGUGCAAAAUCCAGUUCUUGGUUCCUCUCAAAGGCAGUUUGUCAUAUUAUAUCCAAUGAAUUAUAAUCAUCACAAUGCAAUGUAAUCCGUAACGUGCAUAAGAAUUAAUAAAAAGAAUAGCCAUUGUUUUCCUUUU